AUGGCUUUCCCACCACCGCCUCGAACCGGGCUUGACUGGGGCAAAACAUCAGCAGAAACACAUGUCCACGGCCAUGUUGAAUGCCGUUGGACGCGCGAGACAGGCAAAUGGUCUGAGCCUGAAUUUGUCCACGAUCCGUACUUGCGAGUGCAUGGGUUGUCGCCCGUGUUCCACUAUGGGCAGGAGGCAUAUGAGGGCUUGAAAGCGUUCCGAGCACCGGAUGGCGAAAUACAUGUCGUGAGACCAGACUACCAUGCGCGCCGUCUCAUUCACUCGUCGUCAUUGGUCUCAAUACCACCGGUUCCAGAGGAGCUCUUUUUGAGCUGCGUUAACUCGGCGGUUGGCAUGAACGCCGAUAUUGUUCCUCCGCAUGAUGCCCAGGGAAUGCUGUACAUCAGACCAGUGGUCUUUGGGAUGGGUGCAUGGCUUCGGCUUGAGCCGCCCAACGAGUACCUGUUCUGUGUCUUUGUGACCACUGCAGGGGCAUUCCAUGGUUCCGAGCCACUGGAUGCACUCAUCCUGGAGGACUUUGACAGGGCGGCACCCCGUGGUACCGGAUCGGGCAAGGUUGGCGGAAACUACUCGCCUGUCAUUCGAUGGAGUCAACAAGCGAAGCAGGAUGGCUACGAUAUUACUCUGCAUCUCGACAGUCAAACAAGGACCGAGAUUGAAGAGUUUUCGACGUCGGCCUUCGUUGGGGCACACGUCGAUGGCGAGGACAUUACGCUCGUAGUGCCCGACACGACGAACGUUGUGAGCAGCGUCACCUGCGACAGCGUUCAGCAGCUGGCGAAGUCUCUAGGCUGGACCGUUGAGAAAAGAUCUGUCAAAUAUGAGGAGCUGUCGUGCUUUUCUGAAGUAAUGGCUUGCGGGACGGCGGUCACUCUUGUGUCUAUCAAGUCCAUUACGAGGAAGAGUACAUCGGACAAAUUCCUCUACCAAAGCGCCGCAGAGACCAUGGGCCCUUGCGCGAAACAGUUGUCGACACUUCUGCACGAUAUUUACAAAGGCAAAAUAGAAGACGAGUUUGGAUGGUGCGUCAAGGUCCAAGAUCCAGUUAGCUUGAGGAAGCGCAAGGCGGUGGACGACGAAAUGAGACAGGUCAAGAAGACCACGUUAAACGGACAUACACGAGGAGAGCAGACAGUGCAGGAAGUUAACUAG